AUGAUGGAGAACAUUCACUCCGAGACCUACUACGAGCCUAAAGAAUACGCGAGAAGACGAUACCAGGUAAACGAUCGCAAGAAGAUGAACAAGAUAACAAUAACGCUCACACCAAGGCCCACGCAUAAACAUUGUUGGAAGGGUGCGGGAGUGCAGGGAACAGAUGGAUAUACGGAGAGGCGGCAUGUCGCAUUUACGAGCUGCGAUAGGGUCAUGAGGGAUGGGAGAAGCGCAUCGUCGAUGUGUUGA